AUGGAUAGUUUGUGUGUUUUGCAAACGUUUCCCGAUUUGUGUCCACAAUUGGUGGUUACCGAAGAGGACGACAAACUUAGGAUUAAAUUAUUGUCUGUUUUCGGUGAUAACGGCGAAGAAGUGAUUGUCGUCACCACUAAUGACAUUGUCUUCGUCUUCGGUGCCAACCGUUUCGGUCGACUCGGACUCGGAGUGAAUGGUUUGAUCGCAAAACCACACAUCAAUCCCACUCUCACCGGAGCGAAGAUAAUGAAGAUAUGCUAUGGUUUGGGACACUGUUUGGGACUCACGAGUGGCGGACAGUGCUAUGGAUGGGGACAUAACGCGUGCGGACAGAUCGGCAUCGGAUCUGUUGAAGACGUGUUAACCCCUCAAUCAAUUAAAAUACAAAGCAAUGCAUUACAACCCAAAGAAGUGGAAGACAUCUCAUGUGGAGAUAAUCACAGUCUUGUGCUGACAAUCGAUGGCCUGAUCUACAGCUUUGGGGCCAACGAUCGGCGCCAAUGCGGCCAAACAGAGGGGCAAUUGGUUUGUGUGCCAACUAUAGUGUCAAUUGAAAUACAAGUAAAUGGUGUCCCAAUUGAUGUGAAGUUUAAGUCCAUCGCUUGCGGUCGUAAUCAUUCAUGCGGUCUGUCAGACACGGGAACCGCUUACGUGUGGGGCAGUAAUGAUUCGCAACAGUUGGGUCCCAAAGCCCGUGUGGUCACGGGUCAGACGUACAGUUGUCCGCACGCACUGCGCGGUUACGAGAAGCGCGUUUGCCGUGCGUUGAUGUGCGGACCCAAUCAUACUGUGCUUAUGUCACCGUCCGGUGCUAUCCAUGUGUUGGGUGACAGCGAAUGGUCGGCCGAUCCCAAUAGCGAAGACAUUUGUGAAAACAAACGUUUUAAAUACAUGGACAGCGCUUACGAUAAUCACAUGAUUAUAGUGACCGAUAUGGAUGGCCAGCACUCUAUUCUGGGAAAGGCAGGUCCGGCCAAGACGUGUAUUCCUAUCGAUGUAUCGAUCGGUUGUUCACUGUUUGACAUUUACGCCAAAUAUUGUGGUUUUGAUCGCACUUUUGCGUCAAUAUUCAAGUUUAUCCGAAAGUUUGUGCCAUCGAUGAAGACAUUCACCGAUAGUGACGAAGAGAUUUAUUCCUCUGAUGCCGACGACGAAGAAGCCGAUCGAUUGCCUACUAAUACGGGAACCGUUGACAAUAAUAGCAUUGAUUGGAGUCAUAGGAUUUUGGGUUGUUUUCAAAAGCAUUUAUUGAAAGCGUUUGACAAUCGAUUGGAUUCUGAUUUAAGAUUUAUUGUCGAAAAUAAAGUGAUUUAUUGUCACAAAACUGUUCUCAAGAUUAGAAACAAAGAGUUUUGGAGAAUAUGUGAACAAAAUAUGAUUAAUGAAAGGGAUAUCGAGAUCAACGCCUAUUCUUAUGACACAAUUGAAGCGUUUCUCAAGUAUUUGUAUGGAUUGCGACCCGAAGUGAAUGACCAGAACUGUCGACAACUGUUAGGUUUGGCCGAAGAGUACGGCGAACGCGGACUUAAAAACAUUUGUAGUCAAUACUCUGCGAAUUGUGUUUAAAUUUUUAGAUUACAAGAUAUUUAU